AUGCACCUUACCACUAUAGUCCUCUCCUCAAGCCUAUUAACGAUUUUUUCGAUCCUUAUUCUGCCUGUCCUUGGAACACUUAACCCGAGCCCCCCAGGAAGCCUGUGGGCUACAAACAGCGUGAAGACCGCAGUUAAAGUAGCCUUUUUUGUAAGCCUUCUACCCCUCUUCAUCUUCCUCAAUGAGGGGGUCGAAGCCAUUAUAACAAACUGGGAAUGGAUAAACACAUUAAUAUUUAAUAUUAAUAUUAGUUUUAAAUUUGACCUGUACUCUAUCGUUUUUACCCCAGUGGCGCUCUAUGUCACAUGAUCUAUUCUAGAAUUUGCAUCCUGGUAUAUACACGACGACCCCAACAUAAAUCGAUUCUUUAAGUACCUUCUUAUUUUCCUAAUUGCCAUGAUCGUCCUCGUUACAGCUAACAACAUAUUUCAACUUUUUAUUGGCUGAGAAGGUGUAGGCAUUAUAUCUUUCCUACUAAUCGGCUGGUGGUUUGGACGAGCGGACGCCAACACUGCAGCCCUACAAGCCGUAGUGUACAACCGAGUCGGGGAUAUCGGCUUAAUUUUGGCCAUAGCCUGGAUGGCGGUAAACCUUAACUCCUGGGAUAUACAACAACUAUUCUCCAUAACUACAAACCAAGACAUGACCCUCCCCUUACUCGGCCUUGUCUUAGCUGCAACUGGUAAGUCUGCCCAGUUUGGUCUUCACCCAUGGCUCCCCUCAGCUAUAGAGGGUCCCACACCGGUCUCUGCCCUACUGCAUUCUAGCACUAUGGUCGUCGCCGGCAUUUUCCUCCUUAUCCGACUAAACCCCCUGAUAGACAACAACCCUUUGGUUCUGUCCACCUGCCUUUGCUUAGGGGCUCUUACUACGGUUUUUACAGCAACAUGCGCUCUAACCCAAAACGACAUUAAAAAAAUCAUCGCGUUUUCAACAUCAAGCCAACUAGGUUUAAUAAUAGUCACCAUUGGGUUGAACCAACCCCAACUGGCUUUCCUACACAUCUGCACCCAUGCCUUCUUCAAAGCAAUACUUUUCUUAUGUUCCGGCUCCAUCAUUCACAGCCUUAACGACGAGCAGGACAUCCGAAAAAUGGGGGGGCUUCACCACCUGCUUCCAUUUACCUCUUCUUGCUUAACUAUCGGAAGCCUGGCUUUAACUGGGACCCCAUUUCUAGCAGGCUUCUUUUCUAAAGACGCUAUUAUUGAAGCCUUAAACACAUCCUACCUCAACGCCUGAGCCCUGGUCUUAACCCUCGUGGCUACGUCGUUCACAGCAGUCUAUAGCCUUCGUGUAGUAUUCUUUGUCUCCAUGGGCCACCCCCGAUUUAAUCCAAUUUCCCCCAUCAAUGAAAACAACCUAACAGUCAUAAACCCCAUUAAACGACUCGCCUGGGGAAGUAUUUUGGCAGGACUUCUCAUCACAGCUAAUAUUUCCCCUCUUAAAACCCCUCUCAUAACAAUACCCUUUGUUCUCAAAAUAGCCGCCCUAACAGUAACAAUCGUUGGACUAUUAAUGGCCCUAGAAUUAGCAUCACUCGCCUCACAACAAUUCAAAAUCAAGCCCGCAUCCGCCCCCCACCACUUCUCAAACAUAUUGGGAUUCUACCCGUCUGUGGUUCACCGAUUAGCCCCUAAGACUAACCUGGUUUUAGGUCAACUAAUUGCUAAUCAAACAAUUGAUCAAACAUGGCUAGAGAAAACAGGACCUAAAAUAACAGCCUCUGUUAAUUUACCUUUAAUUUCCUCAACUAGCAACCUUCAACAAGGUGUGAUCAAGACCUAUUUCUUGAUAUUUUUCUUUACUAUAAUCCUGGCAGUCCUUAUCCUUGUAAUCUAA